AUGAGCAAGAAAGCCCCAAAGUAUUUCCCGUCGCUCUACGACACCAGCAGUAGCGCCUCAUCUCUGAACAGCUUCAAUAUCUGGAAGAACCUGUUCCCCACCCAGGAGAUCACCGACAACAAGAGCUCCAAGGCUUCCCUGUGGCCCCGCGGGCUGGCGGACAACCCCUACGAACCCCUCAAGUUCUUUGCCCCCCCGGCGGGAGGGGAGUCCGCCUGGAGUGAGCUGGACGAGAUCUGCGAGUUGGACAUCAGACUGAAGGAAAUGGAGCUUCUCACGCUGACUGGAGAUGGGUUUGAUUUGAGGAGAUAUAAGUUUCUAAAGAUGCUGAAGGACGAGAAGAUGCAAGAUAUCAAGGCCGCAAAGGAGAAGAAGAAACAACUACUGAAGGACAAAGCAAAGAAAUGGUAG